AUGUUCAACCGAGAGAAGACACGUCAACUACGCUCAACCUAUAUUCAUUUAUUGAAUCGUGGCUUUUUUGUAUAUACCGCCUGGCUACUCUAUGGCAUAUCGCGAGUUUUUUAUUUUGUUAAGUUGCGCUAUAAUCGUAAGACACAUUCAAUGGAAGAGUUUCAAUAUCAUCGAAUAUUCUUUAAACUAAUGCUAAUGUUGAAAUGCUUUCCAAUACUACAACAAUGCAUGUUUUAUUUCACUUUUGGUGCCUUUCUUUGGCUCUAUACAUUCCGAGUGGAAAACCAUGAGGCUCAGAAUUUUCAUAUAUCCUGGAUAAUUCAGGCUAUUGUGCUUCAGUCAGUUCGUCGUCUGGUAGUGUUCUUGCAUUCAAAAACUGAUCGAUUGGUUAUUAAAGAACUGCUGCAUGAAAUUUUUUAUGUGAAUAGCACCAUGGAACGGAAAUUCGGUUUGAUCUAUCGUUGUGACUUGAGCCUUUUGAGUUUAUAUCUUUUAAAAUUAAUGAUAUUCUAUAUAAUGAUGGAUUCCCUGUGGCACAAACCAUAUUUUUGGUGGAUAAAUUUCUUUUAUUGGGUUCUGAUGGAAUAUUGCAUAUUGGGUUAUUUUGUAUAUCAAUUGUUAGUGCUCAAUUGGUGCUUUAAUAGUACAAGGUCUCUAGAACGUUUUAUUGAUCAUCAUCAGAAUUGUGAUGGCAUAAAAGAGUCUUAUCAUCACCGUUUAACUUGUCUCUUUAAAUUGCAUCUUCGCAUCUCGAAGCUACAUAAAACUUUUAACAAAAAAUUAUCGUGGCUAACAAAUUGCAUUUAUCUAACAAUUUUUACUUGCAUUCUCAAUAUGCAAAUGCUAAUCGAAUGUUCGGUGUUUGGUAUCGAUCCGUUGGAAAAUAAAUUCUACAUAAUAUCCGAUGGCUGCCUUGGUCCAGUAUUUGUACCCAUUCUCAAUGUCCUUAUAAUGGCCGUAUGUACGGAUCGAUUCCGUAACUCUGAAUUGACACUUCAGCAACAAAUAGUGAUUAUAAAUGAAAUGUAUAUGACAAAAGGAAAGCAUUUGAGGGGUCUCAAUGUUAUUAAUAAUGAGCAUUCAUCAUUGAUUAUACAUCAGAAAUUGGAUCCAAUGCAGAAUUUGAUUAUAUUGAGCACCAAAUGUGACCGAGAGUUUGCUUUUGAUUAUAUUUUGACAGUCAUAACGACAGCAUUAUCCUUUAUACAGUAUACCAUAUCGAAUGGUGGCAAAAUUGAUGAGUGUCAAUCGCAUAAGUAA